UAGCUAGGGUUAAGUGGCGCACAGCACUGCCAAUUCUAUCCUUAGGGGCCAGACAGUAAGCAGCCAUCUAUAUAGUCCCGGGGGAGGGGAGCAGUGAUACUAUGAAAUAUCACUUAACUCCUUACACUCCAUGGGACGGGCGCUUUGGGUAUAAUGACCUGAACUGACAGCUGGAUCAUCAGACUUGCGGUCAGUUGGGGACAUGUGACCAUAAUAUAGAGGAUCUGCCCCGACAAGUAUUCACCUCAUCAUCCGAGAGCAAGAAGAUAAAUCAUGUGCAGGAAUAUCCCCUCAAAUGUCUCCAUAUAACAUCCUGGAAUUGUAUAGAAUUAAAUGUUUAUUCACAAUACAGGUUCCUAUAAGGUGUCAGGACGUGGCGGUCUAUUUCUCCAUGGAGGAGUGGGAGUAUGUAGAAGGACACAAGGAUCAGUACAAGGAUCAGGUCAUAUGGAGGAUCAGCAGCCCCUCACAUCACCAGUCAGAUCCAGUAAUCGAACAGCACCAGAGAGGUGUCCCCGUCCUCUUGAUGAACAGAAUAUGGAGGACAUUACUACAGGGAAAAAUCUCAUCUAUAUUAAUGCUACAGACAUAAAGGAAGAAGAAGAGACGGAUGUGAGCGGUGAUGAGCAGUAUAAGGAGGAUAUUCCUACAGAGAAAGAUCUGAUCUAUAUUAAUGCUACAGACAUAAAGGAAGAACAAGAGACAUAUGUAAGCAGUGAUGAGCAGUAUAAGGAGAACAUUCCUACAGGGAAAGAUCUUAUCUAUAUUUAUGCUACAGACAUAAAGAAAGAAGAAGAAACAGAUGUGAGCGGUGAUGAGCAGUAUAAGGAGGACAUUCCUACAGGGAAACAUCUGAGCUCUAUUAAUGCUACAGACCUAAAGGAAGAAGAAGAGACAGAUGUAAGCAGUGAUGAACAGUAUAAGGAGGGCAUUUCAACAGGGAGAGAUCUGCUCUAUAUUAAUGCGACAGACCUAAAGAAAGAAGAAGAGACAGAUGUGAGCAGUGAUGAGCAGUAUCAGGAGGGCAUUUCUACAGAUUCUUGUAGCAGGAGAUCAGAGGAGAAUCUUAUAUCUUCAGAUUAUAAAGCAGAUGAUGAUAUCACACAAGAUACAUAUGAAGAACAUUCCAUUAUCCCAGAUACACCCUCAGCCCUUCACAGCCAAGAUCUGUCAUCUUAUCCUUAUAUACAGGUCCUGUCUUCUCAGUCAUCACAGAAAGGUCACAGAAGGGGUGUUGGACAUCAACGAGCUCAUACAGGAAAGAAACCAUAUUCAUGCUCAGAAUGUGGGAAAUGUUUUACUAAGAAAUCAUAUCUUGUUCAACAUCAAAGAACUCACACAGGGGAGAAGCCAUUUUCAUGUUCAGAAUGUGGGAAAUGUUUUACUGACAAAUCAUAUCUUGUUCAACAUCAAAGAACUCACACAGGGGAGAAGCCAUUUUCAUGUCCAGAAUGUGGGAAAUGUUUUCCUUUUAAAUCAGGUCUUGUUGUACAUCAAAAAACUCACACAGGAGAGAAGCCAUUUUCAUGUCCAGAAUGUGGGAAAUGUUUUCCUUUUAAAUCAAAUCUAAUGCAACAUCAAAGAACUCACACAGGAGAGAAGCCAUUUUCAUGUGCAGAAUGUGGGAAAUGUUUUUCUGAUCAAUCAAGUCUUAUUCAACAUCAAAGAACUCACACAGGAGAGAAGCCAUUUUCAUGUGCAGAAUGUGGGAAAUGUUUUACUUAUAAAUCAAGUCUUGUUAAUCAUCAAAGAACUCACACAGGAGAGAAGAAGUUUUCAUGUUCAGAAUGUGGGAAACGUUUUGCUCAGAAAUCAGAUCUUAUUAGACAUCAAAGAACUCACACAGGGGAGAAGCCAUUUUCAUGUGCAGAAUGUGGGAAAUGUUUUACUGAUAAAUCAACUCUUAUUCAACAUGAAAGAACUCACACAGGGGAGAAGCCAUUUUCAUGUGCAGAAUGUGGGAAAUGUUUUACUGAUAAAUCAAGUCUUAUUCAACAUCAAAGAACUCACACAGGGGAGAAGCCAUUUUCAUGUGCAGAAUGUGGGAAAUGUUAUACUGUGAAAUCAAAUCUUGUUCAACAUCAAAUAACUCACACAGGGGAGAAGCCAUUUUCAUGUUCUAAAUGUGGGAAAUGUUUUACUCAGCAAUCAGAUCUUGUUAAACAUAAAAGAACUCACACAUCUAUAUAUUAACCAUGUACUUAGGAUAGUUGACACUAAUACAUACUCAUAUAUAUAUAUAUAUAUAUAUAUAUAUAUACACAAUAUAUGCUUCAUCUCCAAACUUGUUAUCAAUUUUGAAGAAGUUCUCUAUAUUAUAUUAUUUAUUAUCCUUUAUAUUCAUCUCCGCACACUGGACUUAUAAUAAAUGUAAUAUUGUCCCUGACGUUGUAUAUAGGGAAUGUAACACGUCAGUGUUGUCCCCGCCCCCUUCUCAUUAUGAUUAUAGAGACUUUAAUUCAAGGCAUCAGACAGGAUCCGC